CCUCGUGCCUUUUUACUUCUAGCUGGACUACACCGCAUUUCGUCCAAAAAGUACUCAUUCUAUUUCGAAUAUCAUCGUUUCUUGGAAAGAGAAACUGAGAAGAGCACGAUGGAUCAACCAGCUCCAGAGCUCCCGCCCGAGGCAAUCGCCUUUGCGGCGAGAAUGUACAAUGCCGCGCGUGCGGGGCAGAUGGAUAUCUUCGAACAGGCGCUGCCGGCUGGCCUGCCCGCCAACAUGACGAAUGAGAAGGGCGACAGUCUGGUCAUGCUCGCCGCCUACCAUGGCCAUGCACCGCUGGUGAGGCUCUUGAUCCAACACGGUGCCAAUCCCAAUUCCCUUAAUGACCGCGGCCAAUCUCCCCUGGCCGGCGCGGUUUUCAAAAACGAAGCGGACGUCAUCGAGGCCCUGCUUGAAGGAGGUGCGGAUCCGGACCAUGGAACGCCAUCCGCGCUGGAAGCGGUGACUUUGUUUAAGCAGGAGGAGAAGUGGAAGGCGAGGUUUGAGAGUGCGCCUGGGAGGGGGAAGGCUGCGUCUGGGGGAUCAAGUUAGGGAUUGAGGAAGUUCAAACCAAUUGCAUUAUACCAUUUGCUCUAUUUCUCCAGUAAUUGGAAUUUGAUGUGCGAUUCAAAGUGAUUUGGGUUUCUAUUCCUACGUAGAUGUCAUGCUGGAAUUGAAUGGGUCA